AUGUCCAAGGCCAUCAGUGUCGGCCUGUUAUUAUCCUUAUGUGUGAGCUUCACGUUUGGUUAUCCCCGUGAAUGUGCACGUGGUCCAGAAUAUUGGUGUCAGACAUUUGUAACAGCCUCUGAAUGUGGAGCAUUACGUCAUUGUACGGAUACCGUAUGGAAAUAUCAACAAGAAGAAAGUAAAGAUGAAUCAACAACAUGCAAUUUGUGUCAGAAUAUAUUAACAAAAUCUUAUGAAACUAUUCAAAAUAUAAACAGUAACGAUGCGUUAGCUAAAUCUAGUUUAUUGAAAAGUUGUCAAUCAUUUCAACGUCCAAGUGUUUCAGCACAAUGUACAGCUGUCAUGACAACUUAUUCAUCAUCUGUGUUAUCAUUGCUCAAAAAUCAACGUUAUCAUACAUUAUGUCGUUUAAUAAACGCAUGUGAUGUUGAAGAACAAGAAACAACAACUCCAAAACUAACUUUAAUUGGUAGUAAACGUUGUACAUGGGGACCGGGAUACUGGUGCUCAUCGUUACAAAAUGCUCAUGAAUGUCAAAGUGUGGAACAUUGCUCAAAUAAAGUAUGGUCGAAACAAUCGGUGGAUAAAAAAGAUAAUAUUUGCCAAUAUUGUGAAUUUACAUUAACGAAACUACGACACAUGCUUGAUAAUAACGAAACAGACAUUGCUGUUGACAAAUAUUUAACUGGAGCUUGUUCAAUGUUACCAACAAGAGGAGAAAUCGAUCAAUGUGUUAAAAUGCUAAGCGAUUAUUCAGAACAAUUAUUAGCAUUGUUAAAAACAAAAAUUGAUCCUAGUGUCAUCUGUCAUUUAACUCAUAUGUGUAAAGACAGUGAAUUGAUAAAUACAAAAAUCAACGAAGUGCCUCAAGUUGGCCAGAUCGUCGAUGGAUAUGAUACAAUGAAAGAAGAAAAGCAACCUCUCGAUGAUGAGACCAAAAUGCUAUGUUCGGUUCUUGUACGAGCCACAGCCGAUUUAUUCAAUAGUGGAAAACAACAAAAAGAAAUUCAAUUGUUAAUUAGAGAUGAUUGUUCAAAAUUAGAAACUACUGAACUCAUAGAAAAAUGUCAAAAUUCGGUGGAUACCUAUGAAGCUGAAAUCUAUCGUCAUGUUGCCAAUAAUGUUGAUUUAUCGAAAAUUUGCAGCCUCGUCGAAGGUUAUGAUUGGUUACCUGAAAAAGAGCAACAAACUGGACAGUUAACAACUGAUGUCGAAUGUAAAUUAUGUACAUUAGUUGUAUCAACAGCAAAACGAAUGUUGGAAACAAAACAUAGCGAAGAUAGUGUCAUUCGUUAUAUCGAAGAACAAAUGUGUUCGCGUUUACAAAGUUUAGAUAAAAAAGCAUGUCAAAAUUUAUUACAAAAAGAAGGACAAGAAAUGCUUAAUACUUUAACAUGUGGAACACAUCCAAUGUUAUUAUGUACAUAUUUCAAAGUGUGUACAGCGCAAAUAGCACUGCCUUCAAGUCCAUUAGAGAAGGAAGAAGUAAUCAACUUUUUGAAAAAUGAAAUAUGUGAAAAACUUGGCCCACUCAAAGAUACUGAUAAAAACAAAUGUAAACGAUGUAUUGACGACUUUACACGACGUAAACAUAUUGCAGAACGAUUAAUUACAAGAGCAGCACAGUUCAUGCAACAUUUUUGCGGUCAAUUACCUCAAAAAGAUGAAUGUGAAAAACAGGUUAAUGCAUCCAUCAGUGAGUUAGUAAAAUAUAUUCAAUCGUUGGAUCCUCAGUCAAUUUGUGUUGAAAUAAAAAUGUGCAAUCAGACAAUGGCUCUUUCAUAUAAAUCUGAUUAUGCACUCACGGACAAUGUUAUUAAUGCACAGCUCCUUCGUUAUGCUAAAACUCAUGUUUGUAAAAAAUUAGAAUCACUCGAUACAUUGUGUGAACAAUUAGUUGAUGUAGAAGGACCAAAAUUACUUGUUUCACUUUCUAAUAACGUAGAUCCACAUAGAGUUUGUCAAGUACUUGGAAUAUGUCCAUCAGAUAAAAUAAUUGCAGCAUGCGCAGAUAAGUGCCAAUGUUGUAUGGAUAAAGUUGAACAAUAUGAAAGUCAAGCAACAGCAUUUAUUCAAUCAAUGGUAUCAAAUGUGAAAACAUUCUGUGGACAUUUACCAGUAUCAACAAAAUGCGCCGAAGUGGUCGACAGCGUUGCAGCUCAAAUCAACUCCUAUAUUUCAACCAUGGAUUCAAAACGUAUUUGUCAAACAUUAAGAUUUUGUCCAGUCGCUCAAGUGGAAUAUGAACUAAAUCAUGAUCGUUGUCCAGAUUGCCAAAAUCAACUAGAAUCUAAGCGUACAUUUUUAUUAUCAUCUGUCAACAAAGUAUCUAACAAUCUAAAAACAUUAUGUGAAUAUAUUCCAUGGGAAAAAGACUGUCAAACAAUAAUUGAUCGUUCAAUUUUAACUGUUAAUGAAAAAAUUGAAAAAAUAAAUGCAAACAAAUGGUGUUUACAAAACCAAUUUUGUCCAAAAACAUCAACAUCACAAAAUUUAGAAAUUGACUUAGAGAAAUAUUUACAAGCAGAAAUUUGUUCAAAAGGUGAUCAACCAUUUUAUCUAUUAUGUAGACAAUUGAUAUCAUUCAAUAAAACGAAGAAUCGAAUGGAAGCAUUGUUCACAUCAAUGUUUAAUCAAAAUGGUCAAUUGGAAGGAUCACAAUUAUGUGAAUUAGAUGAGCAGAGUAAUGGAAAAGAAUGUAAACCAUGUGAGAAAGCUAUGAAAGAUUGUAAUGAUAAAUGUGAUUGCUGUGUGAAAUUUUAUGACAAAAAGAAAACAUAUGAUCUCAAACAAAUUGAAACAUUACGUUUUGGUUUAUUGGCAACAUGUGAUUGGAGUUUGUCUAAAACACAAUGUGUAAAUUGGUUUAAUCGUGUUUGUGAUCGUAUGAAAGCGAAAGUUGAUCAAUUUGAUCCAACAAAAUUUUGUAAACGAAUUGGUUUGUGUCCAUUACAAAUUGUAAAGACAUCACCAUUAACUGUUAUACAAACAGUAAAUGACGAACAAAAAUGUGAAUCUGGGGAUAAAUGUCAAUGUUGCACUGAUCGAAUUCAACAACGUAAAGAUUGUUUGAAAUCAUUGAUCAAUCGUAUUUCAUCAUCAUUAAUCUCUUUGUGUGCCUAUGUACCAUGGGAUAAAGAUUGUAAAGAUUUAAUAACUAGUGCACAACAACGUUCAUUAGAUACAAUUGAAAAAUUGGACCCAAAAAAAGUAUGUCAACGUCUUGGAUUUUGUCCAGUUGAGCAAUCAUCACGAUAUCAAUUACCUACAUAUGGACAGAAACAAUAUUCACAACUUGAUUCGUUAAAUGAACGAUUAGAAACAUAUAUGGAAAAUGAAGUAUGUCAAAAUUAUGGAAUAUUAAUGCCACUAUGCAAACAUAUUUUUGCUAAUGUUAAUUCUCAAGAUUAUGAAAAAGUGUACUUAGCCAUAAUAACAAAUAACAUUGAUUAUAUUCGUCAAGAUAUUGAAGAGAAACUAGCUAAACAAAAACAAUUAAAUAAUGAUACUUGUCAAGGAUGCAAAAAUGCUGUCCAAACCAUAAAAGAAUUCUGGAUACAAGCGACGGAUACCGUUAGUUCUGCUUUAAUACGUACCUGUGAAUGGUGUCCAGUGAAAGAUGAAUGCCGAAAUUUUUACACUAAAAACGUUGAUAAUAUUAAAAAUUAUUUGAAUAAAAUUGAUCCACAACAAUGGUGUCAAACAAUUCAUCUAUGUCAAACAACAAGUUUAAUAGUUACGGAUAAUAAAUGUGAACAAUGUACAGUUCGUUUACAAAAUCGAAAAGAUUGUUUUCUUCGUGCAACUGAUCGUUUAACAUCGUAUUUUGAUACUUUAUGUAAACAAUUUUCUGGUCAACAAUGUCAAAAUUUUGUCAAAGAACUAUCAGAUCAAGGAAAAGAAUGGGUGCAAAAGUUUGAUCCCAAAGAGACAUGUCAGUAUAUGGGAUUUUGUGUUAUGCAAAAUGGUGAUAAUGAACUUCAACAAGAUCGAUCAUUUGAUGAAUAUGAAAAACAAUUUCAAUCACGAAUGGAAGAAAUUUGCUCAAAAUUAGGACCAUUUAAUUCGAUCUGUCAACAAAUAGCUCGUGGAAAUAUGAACGAAAUUCAAACAACAAAAAUUAAUUACAAUAUUAAAGAUUUAAUGGAACUCGGUGAAAAAAAUAUUUUUACGGCAACAUUUAUUGAUGAAUGUCCCAAAGAAAAGUGUGAAUGUUGUAUAAAACGUAUUAAAUGUAAAGUAGCUCAUGCUAAAGAACUAUUACAUGAAUUAACACAAACUCUAUCAUCUUUGUGUGAUUACUGUCCAGUGAAACGUCGUUGUAUAUUCUUUUUCAAAAAACGUGAAGAACAUAUCGAUAAAUGUUUAGAUUCUCUUAGACCAAGACGAAUAUGUACAAAAGCAGGAUUUUGUCCAAAUACAACUGAAGAGAAUACGCCAGAAUCUCUAAUUAUUGAAAACAUUGUAUCCGAUGGUCAUGGUCAAUCUGCAGUUUCUACUAAUGUGUAUGAUUCGAAUCAAACAUGCAUUAUGUGUGAAUUUGUUAUGAAUUUAUUGAAAUCAUAUAUUAAAAAAAAUUCGACGGAACAGGAAAUUGAACAAUCUCUAGAUAAAAUAUGUCAAGAAAUGCCAUCAUCAUUAAAACAAGAAUGUUUAACAUUAGUUGAAAAUUAUUCACCAACAAUUUUGAGUAUACUGGCCCAAGAAUUUGAUCCAUCAAGUAUAUGUCAAAAAUUGAGAGUAUGCACAGCACAAUUAAGUCAACGCUUAAAUACCCAAUAUUUAACAAAAGCUUCACCGUCAUCUUGCGGAAUAUGUGAUUAUUUUUCAACAUAUUUACAUUUUGCUAUACAACGUGAUCCAAGUGAAACGUCAAUUCGAAAAGCGUUAGAAACUGUUUGCACUCAUUUAGGUGUUGAUAAACAUGCUGAAUGUGAAACAUUGGUUGCAUUGUAUACACCUCAAAUUGUAUCAGGUUCAGUUAAAUUAGAAAUGGGAAACAAUUUUUGUAAUGAUUUAAAAAUAUGUCAAAAACCAAUGAUCGAAUUGACACCUGGCAUCGAAACACCACCUCAAUUGAUUCAUAUUCCAUUAACACGAGUAGAAACACCUGUAAAUCAUCAUUUGUCAUCGUAUGAUAUCAAACAAAUAUUAGAUAAAAAUAUUGAUGCUGAUCCUGAGUGUACAAUAUGUCAUUAUGUUGUAUCGUAUUUGGAUGCUAUAUUGAAAAAUAAUAAAUCCGAAGCAGCCAUAGAAGCGGCAUUAGCUCGUGUCUGCUCGAUAUUACCAGUUAAAGAACGUGGCCAAUGUGAUCAAUUUGUUAAAAAUUAUGGUCCAGUAUUAGCUGAAUUAAUUGCAGAAUUUGCUGAUCCACAAACAGUAUGUCGUUAUCUGGGUAUGUGUCAAGUUAUUCUACCAGAAUCAACGACCACGGCAACAAAGAAACCAUCAUCAACAACAUCUGUUUAUGAUAAUCAUCAAUAUGUUGAUAUCAAUGUUCCCACUUCAUCUCAUUUAAACAGUCCAUUUACAUGCACAAUUUGUACAUAUGUUGUUAGUCGAUUGAAAUAUAUCAUCAUUGAAGAUAAAACUGAGGAAAAAAUUAUGCAAGAACUUGAUAAGACAUGUGGUCUGUUUUCGGCACUUGAUUUAAGACGAGAAUGUAAAACAUUUGUUGAUGAAUAUGGUCCGUAUCUUGUUCAAGUAAUUUCACAAGAUGUUGAUGCCAAAGUGGCUUGCCAAAAUUUAAAAAUAUGCCCAAAAUCUGAACUGCAAUUACCAUGGAAAAUGCCAACAAAAUUACCAGAUGUUAAAUUGCCAUCAUCAUCAAUAUCAACAAAGAAACCUUAUCCUAAAUGUAUAUUUGGAAUGAGUUAUUGGUGUACAAGUAGAGAAAAUGCACAAUUAUGCAAUGUAAGUAGUGUUGAAAACUUUCAGCCAACAGACUAUCACUUUGUUCAAUGCAUAUUACAAACAGCUAUAAAUUGUUUUUCUGUGAAAAGUUUUUCCAUUACAACAGAAUCAUCAUCCGAUUUUACUUCAGCAUUUGAUAAAAAAUGUCAUACGAUUGAAUUAGAAUUAGAAACAUUAAGAGAAUCGGGUGAAAAUGUACCAGACAAGAUUCCCGAUGAAAAAUGGCAGGAUAUAUUUCGUUUACAAAACUUACAGAAAAGAAUACGAAUGUACAAUUAUUUAUUUAAUCGUGAACAAUCUAAAAAACAUCAAUCAGAAAUAUUAGUUCAAAAUGAUCAACGUCGUAAAAAUUUACUUAUUAAGCGUCAAAAAUUAUUACAUGAAAAUAAACCGUUAACAAACUAUCCGGGUUAUUCAACAAUUUAUCGUCAUUUAUCAGCAAGACAACAUGAAAAACAAAUUUAUGAAACAAAUCGUUUAUUACCCGCAGCUCGUUUGAAAGACUAUUUAAUUAUUGAUUGUGAAUUUGAAGAUGAAUAUGAACGACUUGGAUCAUAUCUAAUUAAUUUAAUUAAUCAAUUACAACAUGUAUAUAGUGGAAUAGAAGAAUUUCAUACACCAUCAUUUUUAUAUUUCUGUAAUCUAAAUACAAAUGGACGAUUAUAUCAGCAAUUUCAAAAAUAUUCACAAUUUGAAAAUUAUUGUUUUGAAAUAACAUCAAAAUCUUAUAUAGAUCUAUUUCCCAGAGAAAAAUUAUGCUAUAUAACAUCAUCGUCUACAAAUAUAAUGAAAGAAUAUGAACACGAUACUAUUUACAUUAUUGGAGCAAUUGUAACACCCGAAAAACGCCCACUUACGUUAGCCAAAGCAAAACGUAAUCAGAUUCGUCAUCAAUGUUUACCAUUGGAUUAUUAUGUCAAGUUCAACAGUGGUUCCAAUUAUAAAAAUUUAACAUUAAAUCAAGUUUAUAAUAUUUUAAUGACCGCAAAACAUACUCAAAAUAAUUGGUACGAAGCAUUUAAACAUAUAUCGGAUUAUAAAUUAGCUAAAAGAUAUGUCAAUAAAACAAGAUAUCAAUAG